AAGUGCUGCUGGGUGAACAACCGUCCUAUUGGUGUGCAACCUAAAAGACUGCCUGAGCUCGUGAGCGAUUGGUAGGAUUUUGUAGACGCUCGCUGAUUUGAGUUGGCUUUCGGUUGCGUUGUUGGACGCCAGGAGUACUUGGUGUGAGUAAGACAGAAUGAACUUUACUCCGACACAUACUCCCAUCUGCAGAAAAAUAUCAGUUGCCUCCAAACGUGGUGCCGGCUCUGGCUUUGGUGAUACCAACAGGUGGAAGAAAAUGGCAGACUCGGUGGAGUCAACUCCCCUGCCUUCAGUGGAGGACCGUCUGGCUGUCCUCUCCCCUUCCCAGGAGCUUCUAGAGUAUUAUCAGAAAAAAAUGGCUAACUGUGAGGCAGAGAAUGAAGACCUGCUGAAGAAGCUGGAGCUCUACAGAGAAGCUUGCGAAGAGCAGCAUAAACUUGAGUGGAACUUGCAGCAGCGGGAGGAAGAGAUUGCAGAAUUGCAGAAAGCCCUAAGUGAUAUGCAAGUCUGCCUCUUCCAGGAAAGGGAACAUGUCUUACGACUCUACUCAGAAAACGACCGACUAAGAAUCAGAGAACUGGAAGACAAGAAAAAGAUUCAGAAUCUGUUAGCUCUUGUGGGACCAGACGCUGGUGAAGUGACCUAUUUUCAUAAGGAGCCUCCCCACAGAGUCAGCAUUCUCCAGAAGGUUCUCCAGGCCACAGAUGUGUGUGAGCCUUCCGAUUCCAAAGCAGAUCCUGGAGUAAGCAAAAGACGAGUAAGGAUAAAGGACAAGGAGGACAUUUCUGAGCGCUACCAGAGGGACAUAGAGACACUCCUCCUGCAGGUGGAAGCACUUCAGGCGCAGCUGGGAGAGCAGACGAAGCAUUCUAGAGAACAAGUGGAAGGGCUCAUGGAGGACAGACGGAUCCAAGUCGAGGAGAUCCAAGUUCAGCACCAGAGAAACCAAGAGAAAGUCAAGGAGCUGACCAAGAGUCUCCAUCAUACCCAAGAACUGCUCUACGAGAGCACCAAGGACUUUCUACAACUAAAAUUUGAAAACCAAAAUAAAGAGAAGGUAUGGAUGCUGGAGAAAGAUCACCUGAUGUCAAAGAUUACGCAAUAUAGAGCACAGUGUAAGAAGAAAGAAGAUAAACUUGGAAAAGUUGUCCCCAUUUUACAUGAGAGUCAUCAUGCUCAAAAUGAAUAUAUUAAGUCUCUUAAGGAUAAGCUGAUGCAAGAGAAAAAACUGUCCAACAUGUACCAAGAACAGUGCAUUUCCCUAGAAGAGGAACUUUCUCGAAUUCGGGAGGAAGAAGGAAUGAGGAGAGAGAUCUUCAAGGAUCGCUCCAACAAGAUGGGCAAGCGCUUACAGAUAAUGACAAAGCGCUAUCAGGCCUUGGAGCAUCGACGAGUCCUGGAAGUAGAAGGCUUCAAGACAGACAUUAAGGCUCUCCGGCAGAAGCUGAGAGACCUGGAGCAAAUGCUCUAUAAGGCAACCAUGAACAUCCCCAAUGGAAACCAGGACCUGGCCAUGCUGUGUGAAGUCCGUGACAGCAACAGAAGAGCUCAUAAGAUACAAGGAGAACUGAAGAACCUCAAGUCUAAAGUGUUUGGUCUGGAGAAUGCGCUUAGGCUGUGUUGAUGUCUCCUGUCAGGGUUGACUUCCGGAAACCUGAGGCAGGGCCACCUAUUCCCAGAAACUGGGCAUGGAGUUGUCCAGAGUAGUGGCAUCAAUUUUAGUAAAGUUGAUUUUAAGGGUGUGAUAGCUCACACCUAUAAUCCCAGCACUUGGGAAUCUGAGGCAGGAGGAUUGCCACAAAUUCAUGGUAUAGGCAGAUGGAUCUCUGUGAUUCAUGGCCAGCCUGGUCUAUAAUAGUGACUUCUAGUCCAUCCAUGACUACUUAAUGAGAUCCUGUCUCUAAAAACAAAAACAGAAAAACCAAAAAACAUCAAAACCAGAGAGGAAAGAAGAAAAACAGUGGCAAACUUGGCACUGGCAAAGCUGCCCCGGCAGUCUGCCGUCUCACCAUCCUGUUAGCCUUGUCUUUUAUAUAUUGACAGGCUUUUCUGUGGUGUAAUGUAGCUUAUCUCGUAAAGUGCUGUCAGCAUACAGAAAGCCCUGGUUCUAUUGCUAGCACCACCUAAAGCUAUGUUUGGUGGCUCACCUGUAGUCAGCACUGGAGAGAGGUACAUGUAGGAGAAUCUGAAGUUCACAUUCACCCUUGGCUAGAUGGUGAGUUCCAGGAUAGCCUGGGCUACAUAAGACCAUGUCUAAAAAUGAACAAACACACAAAAAAAGAAAAUAACAACUUAGGAAGAGCUGUUUUGCUGAGCUUGCUAAGUGUCAGUGGGAGAAUGUGUUUCCUGGAGGACCAAAGUCAUUGAAGUCAUUCACUCAGGAAUUACAUGUGGGCAGUUUCACACUUAGCCACAUUCCGAGUGACUGACCACCAGAGGGCAGCACAGCCCUUGCUCUCAAGUAAAAUUGGUCAAGAAAAGGGUGCUGCUUUACUCUCAGUGGGCAAACCCAAAAUGAUAAUUUAUGUGAAAAAGCUUGACAUUUUAUUCAUAUGCUUUAAAUUAUUCAAAUUAAGUAUUUUCAAUAAAAUGUGUGGUUUAAAACA